UCUUCCUCGCGCUGAAACCUAUUCCUGAAGGCCAAAAGCGCAAAACCCUUCCCUCAACCCCAGCCGGCCGCCGCCGCCGCCGCCGCCAUGAAUCCGGCAUGCGCCGAGGCCGCCGACGCUAGGAAAUCCCACCACAAGAAGGACAAAAAGGAAAAGAAAAAGAAGCGCAAGGAUGCCACGGAUCAUCACGGCGGCGAGAACGCGAUGGCUGAGGAAGAAACCGUCCAUAAGAAGAAGAAGCGGAACAAGGAUACGGAGGAGGGGAAGAAGACGGAUCAAAAUCGGAAACCAACGGUGAGCAUCGCCGUCGCCGGCUCCAUCAUCGACAACGCCCAGUCCCUCGAGCUCGCCACCCUCCUGGCUGGUCAGAUAGCCCGCGCGGCAACUGUCUUCCGUAUCGACGAGAUCGUUGUCUUCGAUAGCUGUCCACCGGUGGAGAAUGCCAGUGGUGCCGAAGCUGAAGAGGAGAGUGGUGCACAGUUCCUUAUUCGGAUACUGCAAUAUUUGGAGACACCCCAGUACCUACGCCGCCGCCUCUUCCCAAUGCACAAGAACUUUAAAUUUGUGGGGUUGCUUCCGCCACUGGAUGCGCCACACCAUGUGCGCAGGCAUGAGUGGUCUGAAUUUCGGGAAGGUGUAACAUUAGGUGGAGAUCGUUCUAAGGGGACACUUGUUGAUGUCGGAUUAAGCAAGGACAUUCUGGUUGAGCAAAUCCUAGAACCAGGGAAAAGAGUAACUGUAGCCAUGGGAACCAACCGAGAUAUUACAACAGCUUGUGUAAGGAAAGUUGUUCCGCCAUCCUCACCUAGCGAUGAAAUGGGGUCAUAUUGGGGCUAUAAAGUCCGAUAUGCUUCAAAUUUAAGUGGUGUUUUUAAUGGUUCACCAUACAAGGAAGGAUAUGAUCAUAUCAUUGGCACUUCAGAACAUGGCGAAGCCAUUGGUUCAUCUGAGCUCACCUUACCUGCUUUUAGGCACCUUUUAAUUGCAUUCGGUGGACUGGCUGGUCUGGAAGAAAGCAUUGAAGAAGACAUAAAUCUGAAGGGUAAAGGUGCAAAAGAUGUAUUCACUUCUUAUUUAAAUACGUGUCCCAACCAAGGUAGCAGAACAAUAAGGACAGAGGAGGCACUUCUCAUAUCCCUUCAAUACUUCCAAGACCCCAUUCGGCGAGCAGGAUAGCAAAUGACAAGGUUGUAUACAGGUAUCUGCAAAUCCAACAUUGCACUUAAGAAAGGAAGCAUGCUGGGGAAUUGGAAUGCGAUUGGCGGAUUUUACCUGAUGGAUCUGUUAAAAAUAUGCAUAUGAGGUACUCGAUUGUCCUGUGAAGAGGUUGUCAGCUGUCCGGAAUAUUUUGUCACUCUUUGUUGUGGCUGCAGUGACCAAGGACUAGCUUCGGACUGCAAGGGCUGAGGUUGUUGUUACCCAUUUCCGUCCGGCCAGUGUUUUUCCUUGGGCAUGUGUUAUCAUUGUUGCAUAUACCGUAAUGAGGGUUGUUGUAGAACCCUGGGAAUAGACAUGGAAUGCUGGCCGGUCAUGUGUUCUUGGAGAUUUUUUUCUCCAUCGAUGAAAUGAAUUCACCUGCUGAAUUGGACAUGAUGGCGCGAUGUAACCUGGAUUUAUUUUUGGUAGGCGACAACAGGUUUUUCUUCAGUUCAAGCUUACGUGGUUUGCUACAGCACUAGUAUUGUUGAAGUACUGUAAUUUAGUGCCAUGUUAUGUGUAUGUUAAACCUGAAUAUAAUUUUAAUUAACUCCCGAAGCUCGGAAAAAA